GCUCCGCGACGGAGCGGCAGUGCGAGCGGCAGAGCCCCGAGUAUCCCAUUUUUUUCGGGAGGAAACCACCGCAUCGGGUCGGCGCUGCGGGCUACAGCCACCGGCCUGGUUGACCAUGGCCCUUUCUGUGGAGACUGAGUCGCACAUAUACCGAGCUCUGCGCAUUGCCUCUGGGGCUGCUGCCCACCUUGUGGCCCUGGGCUUCACCAUCUUUGUGGCUGUACUUGCCAGGCCUGGCUCCAGUCUCUUCUCCUGGCACCCCGUGCUUAUGUGUCUGGCUUUCUCUUUCCUGAUGACGGAGGCACUGCUGGUAUUCUCUCCUGAGAGUUCGCUGCUGCGCUCCCUGUCGCGGAAGGGCCGAGCACGCUGUCACUGGGUACUGCAGCUGCUGGCCCUGUUGUGUGCACUGCUGGGCCUGGGCCUUGUCAUUCUCCAUAAGGAACAACUCGGCAAAGCCCACCUGGCCACAUGGCAUGGGCGGGCAGGACUGCUAGCUGUGCUGUGGGCAGGGCUGCAGUGCUCAGGUGGGGUGGGGCUGCUCUACCCCAAACUGUUGCCCCGUUGGCCCCUGGCCAAGCUCAAGCUGUACCAUGCCACUUCUGGGCUGGUGGGCUACCUCCUGGGUAGUGCCAGCCUCUUGUUGGGCAUGUGUUCACUGUGGUUCACCGCCACAGUCACUGGUGGGGUCUGGUACCUGGCUGUGCUAUGCCCUGUGAUUACCAGCUUAGUCAUCAUGAACCAGGUGAGCAACGCCUACCUGUACCGCAAAAGGAUCCAGCCAUGAGCUCUUCCCAGCCUAGGGGAAGCCUGGAUUUGCCCCUCAGUGUGCUAACUGAGGCUGAGACCUUCUGGACUCUUCUCCGCUGACUCAGUCAUGGGACACCUCAGGCACUAGGGCCAUCAAGGGUAGCCAGAGUCCUGCGUGUGUGACAUUUUUGCUUGCUCCUCAUGCUGGAGUACCCCUUCCCCUUUUCCUUCUUUCUCUAUUCCCAAAGGAGUUUCAUGGAUCAUGUGUCUGGAUGAAGUCGAGGUUGCAAGACUGUCUUCCCCUUCCCCCCAUACCAGCAACUCUACUUGUGCUGGAAUGUCCAGAAAUUACAGAAGAGAAAAAGUAAAAUAAAAAAAAAAAAAAAGGC